GGUGGUGCAGUGGCCCUCAGCUGCCAUUCCCAGAACAGGUGCUGUAAGCCAAUACCCUGCUGGGUGUAUUUUGGCAGCAUCCUGGUGGGGCAGCACAGCCCCCUCUGGAGAGACCUCAGAGGUGCUUUGUGCGUGCCUCCAUCUGUAUGACUGCGGCAGGAGGAUGAUGAAGGUCCAUCGUGUACUCCUCCUCCUCAUCUGCACAGCUGGGCUGGCCCUGGGCUAUGAGGACGAGACUCGCCUGGUGGAGCACUUGUUCAGUAACUACAACAAGGUGGUGAGGCCCGUGGAGGACCAUCGGGACGCCGUCGUUGUCACCGUGGGGCUGCAGCUCAUCCAGCUCAUCAGCGUGGAUGAAGUAAAUCAGAUCGUGACAACCAAUGUGCGCCUGAAACAGCAAUGGACAGACGUCAACCUCAGAUGGAAUCCAGAUGACUACGGUGGUGUAAAGAAAAUCCGCAUCCCCUCAGAUGAUAUCUGGCGGCCGGACCUUGUUCUUUACAACAAUGCAGACGGUGAUUUUGCCAUUGUAAAAUACACCAAAGUCCUUCUGGAGCACACAGGUCUGAUCACCUGGACACCACCAGCUAUUUUUAAGAGUUACUGUGAAAUCAUAGUCACCCACUUCCCAUUUGACCAGCAGAACUGCAGUAUGAAGUUGGGAACUUGGACAUACGAUGGCACAAUGGUUGUUAUUAACCCGGAGAGUGAUCGUCCAGAUCUGAGUAACUUCAUGGAGAGUGGGGAGUGGGUGAUGAAGGAUUACCGUGGCUGGAAGCACUGGGUUUACUACGCUUGCUGCCCUGACACCCCCUACCUGGACAUCACCUACCACUUCCUCAUGCAACGCCUGCCCCUCUACUUCAUUGUGAACGUCAUCAUCCCCUGCCUGCUCUUCUCCUUUCUAACAGGGCUAGUUUUUUACCUACCCACAGAUUCAGGUGAGAAAAUGACCCUCAGCAUCUCUGUCCUGCUGUCUUUGACUGUGUUCCUGCUGGUCAUCGUGGAGCUGAUUCCCUCCACCUCCAGCGCAGUGCCUCUGAUUGGCAAGUACAUGCUGUUCACCAUGGUGUUUGUCAUCGCCUCGAUCAUCAUCACCGUCAUCGUCAUCAACACCCACCACCGCUCCCCCAGCACGCACACCAUGCCCCCCUGGGUCAGGAAGAUCUUUAUUGACACGAUCCCAAACGUCAUGUUUUUCUCUACAAUGAAACGACCAUCAAGAGACAAACAAGACAAAAAUAUUUUUGCAGAAGAUAUUGAUAUUUCUGACAUUUCUGGGAAGUCAGGUUCUGUGCCUGUCAACUUCUACUCCCCGCUUACCAAAAAUCCAGAUGUGAAAAACGCUAUAGAGGGAAUCAAAUACAUUGCAGAAACGAUGAAAUCGGACCAAGAAGCCAGUAAUGCUGCAGAAGAAUGGAAGUUUGUUGCAAUGGUGCUUGAUCAUCUCCUCCUUGGCAUAUUUAUGCUAGUUUGUUUUAUAGGAACAUUAGCGGUAUUUGCUGGUCGCCUUAUUGAAUUAAAUCAGCAAGGAUGAACAUCAGCUGGAAACUAUUUGCUACCCUGAACAUCCCAUAACCAUCAGAAUCUGGCCAGGUUCACUGACAGGAAUCAGUAACCACUGGGAAAGAGCAGGGAUAACAAAAUGUAAGGCCCCAUACUUAGCACUUCUGAGCUGCUGCUCAGUAGCAUUUAAUUGCCAAAAAGAAGCACUUGCAUUAGUGGUAAAAUCGAAUGGCUGUCAGUCAGGUUUUGAUCCGUUUUACUCUUUAUUAAAAAUGUUAAUGUAUUAAUAAGACUGUCUGACUUUGUAAGUAACAGAUACUAUUCCAGUGAAGUCAAUAGCAGUGUAAUAAGCUUUAGCUGAGCUGUAAAUCUGUUUCCAACUUUGGCAUUCAAGCUGGUUUUAAUAUCUGCUCUGUGGCUUUUGUAUAAGCAGAGUCACUCCUCUGAUAACACUAGAUAUAACUGUCAGAAAUACUCAAACUCCAUCCUUAAGCACUUGAUUUUCAUGCACAAAUCUGAACUGCCUGUCUUGCCUGUCUCUACCUGUAGAAGCUCUUGCUGCAGCAAAGAGGAGAGACUUGUUCUUUACUGUGGGAAGCAUCCAACCUGUUUCUAGAAUAAUCUCCAUAUUCCUGAGCGGCUCACCGCUCGCUGCCGGGCACGGUGCGGCUCCCAGCCGUGCCCGAGCGCUCCUCCCGGAGCAGCGCCGGCAGCGGGCCCAGCUUCGCUCAAAAGUUGAGCAGCAGCUCGCUCUGGUGGCCAAAGCAAAGCCCUGCUGCCUCUGCCCGACACCGCCGCACUUUGUUUACUCCGCAUUCGACGCAAGCAAGAAGCCUCUCUGCCUUCGAAUAAUACCGUGUGUGGCAUUAUACCAGCAGCGCGACCUCUUCUUCUCAAAAAUAAAUAAGGAUAGGUGGGGCAACUGCGACAAGUUACUCAUCUUUUCCAGCCGGUUGCCCAAGCCAAGAACACUACUUUGCUAACAGCUGUAAACAAUUUGCUGUGAGUUUAGUAAAAUAAUUCGUGUUAUGUUAAAACGUGUCAUGCUUGCAGAGGACAGGCAUUUGAAGCACUAGAGGGAAAAUGAGGCACUUGAGCAACAUUCCCAGCAUUGCGUAGUGUUUGCUGGACAAUGUUUUGGUGAGCUGCAGCCCUAAGCAAACAGUUUGUCCGGGGUAAUAGAUCACUUGCAGCACUCCGCUCCUCUCUUACGGUUUAAAGGAUGGUAAUCUUUGCGUCCCUGGAUGAUCAUUAACCCUGUAAGCGAAGGCCAAAGAUGUGCUGCUGGGCGCUACCUCUGCUGACAGAGGGAAUGUUCGCUGCGGCUGGCUUUAUCUCCGGUGGGAGUUCCCAGCUCCCUGCUCACGAUGAGCCACGCUGCAGCCUAAUGGUGCCUGGAACUUAAUUUGAGAGCCUCUGAUUGGCACUGAAAUUGACAGAACAAUCCUCUUAGAGCAGCAUGUGGUUGGAUCUUAGCAUUAAAAAUAAACAUCAAGUAACAAGA